AUAUAGUGAAUGCAGGAUCUGGGUAGACCGGAUAUAGUGAAUGCAGGGUCCGGGGAGACCGGAUAUAGUGAAUGCAGGGUCCAGGGAGACCAGAUAUAGUGAAUGCAGGGUCCGGGGAGACCAGAUAUAGUGAAUGCAGGGGUCCGGGGAGAGCAGAUAUAGUGAAUGCAGGGUCCGGGGAGAGCAGAUAUAGUGAAUGCAGGGUCCGGGGAGAGCAGAUAUAGUGAAUGCAGGGUCCGGGGAGAGCAGAUAUAGUGAAUGCAGGGUCCGGGGAGAGCAGAUAUAGUGAAUGCAGGGUCCGGGGAGAGCAGAUAUAGUGAAUGCAGGGUCCGGG